AUGGCGAUGGCGGAGGAGAGCAUGGUGCAGUUGCAGAAGCAGGAGACAAUAAUGAAAGUACUGGUGGCCGUAGACGAGAGUGAAGGAAGUUUAUAUGCUCUCCAAUGGGCUCUUCAAAACCUCUUUCUCCACAAUACCCCAGCUCCGGCGGAGGUGGUAGAGGAGGCAGCGAUGAUGACGGUGGUUCAUGUCCAACCUCCUUUCCAGCAGCCAUUCACCGCCAUCCCUGUUGGUCCCCUUGUAUUUGCGACGCCGGCAGUAAUGGAUUCGGUGAAAAAGGCACAAGAAGCAUCCGCAGGUGAAGUUCUGUCUCGUGCCACGCAGCUAUGCGAACAGCACAAGACUAAAGCAAAGACGGUGUUGCUCAGAGGGAAUCCAAAAGAAAUAAUAGUUGAAGCUGCGGAGGAGAUGAAUGUUGAUCUUCUAGUUGUUGGGAGUAGAGGCCAUGGCCAAAUCAAAAGGGCGUUUUUGGGGAGUGUUAGCGAUUAUUGUGCGCAUCACGCGAAAUGUCCGGUUCUUAUAGUACGGCCGCCUAAGCCAGCCAAGAAGUAA